AUUUCUCAUCAAUAAGAAUCAUAUGAUUAUUAAGGGUGUAGCAUAUUACAAGUCUUGAUAAACGUUUUUUUAGGUUACUUUAUAUAAACGAUAAUAAAAGAUAACUGCAAAAUGAAGAUAUGUGGACCUAAGUAUGCCCUAUGUGGCCUGAUAUUAUCUGUUUGGGGUAUAUUUCAACUGCUCCUGAUGGGAAUAUUCUUUUAUACAAAAAGUGUAGCUUUAAUAGAAGAUGUUCCAUUUGAAGCAAAUAUCAAAGAUACUACAGAAUUUUAUGGUGCUGCAGAUAGAGGUUACAAACAAAAUGCAUAUAAUUGUUGGAUUGCAGCUUGUAUCUAUCUUCUUACAUUAUUACUUUCUGGACAUCAAUUUUAUAUAAAUUCAAGAUCAUCUUUAAGUGUUUAAAUCAUAUGAUAAAACAAAUGAAAACAAUAUAUUUAAGUGUAUAAUAUAAUGUAUUAUAAAUAAAAUCAUAUUUAGGAAUAUGCUAAAUUUCAAAAAUAGAUUUUUU